AUGAUGGACGGCGAGUUCUUGAGGACCAGCUGUGGAUCUCCUAAUUAUGCCGCACCGGAGGUUAUUUCCGGAAAACUCUAUGCGGGACCCGAAGUGGACAUCUGGUCGUGUGGUGUCAUACUCUAUGCACUUUUAUGCGGAACUUUGCCCUUUGAUGACGAACACGUGCCCACUCUGUUCAGGAAAAUUAAAUGUUUGACACUUUAA